UCCCGCCUCUCCUGUAGAGAUUCAUUUUCGAAGAGUUUGCACUGACUGCCGUAAUUACUUUGUAACCAAGACACCCUGUUGUUUUUAAACAACAACCAAAGAACAAUGUGAAUCGCUGCCUGUAGGGUACUGAUGGAGACGCUGUUCACGAGGUGACCGAGCAAAAGGCCCCGGAGGAAGAAGAGGCCGGGAGAGGAGGGCACCCACCACCCCGCCCAGGAGCCUGCUGCCCAGGCUGCGCCGCUGGAGCAGCGGGGGAGCGCUCUCCCUUUACUACCCGCCCCAAACCCCUUCUCCUGCCGCCUGGCUACGGCGGGGAAAGCCGCAGGACCGCGGCCGUGCCGCCUCAUUCCGAAGUGGCCUCCUCCGGGGCCCGUUGCUCGGCAGGGACACGCUUGGGGCUGGGCUGACGCCCGGCGGCUGCGGGGGGAACGGCAGCGGCCUCUGCGGGGCUCCGACCCGCCUCCUAAGGAAGGCGGCCGAGGCGGAGAGCGUUGGGUGGGCCGUUUCUCCAUAGCCGCCACGCAAGUGAGAAACUGAAGGGUUUUUUUGACGCGGACCGACGCCGGGUGGGAAGCUGAGCGCCGGCAUGGCUGAAAGCGUCGCGAUCCCACAGUCUGCGGUCGGAGCUUCUCGGAAGGCUCCCCAGAGACCCCGCUCUUCACCGCUACUCCUCACAGUCAGCUCUGCCGCCGCCCCGAUAGCGGGCGGGACGGCCCCCUGGGGAGCCAGCGCGCCGAGAAGCUGUCAUUCUUGCGCCUCGUCCCGGCGGGCGUUGAUCUCCGCUCCCUCACACUACCGCUAGACUACAUGUCCCGCCGGCCCGCGGGGCGGGGAGAAGAUGUCCGCCGGGGCGGCCCUUCCGCUGCCGGGAGGCGGUGGCGAGGGGCUUUUCUCACGGCUUUCCGGGGUCGGCUCUGCUACUGCUGCUGCUUGCUCGAGUGGAUCUGAGCCCUACGAGGGGCUGUGGCGGCGCUGGAGCCGGAGCCGGGCGGGCGGCGAGCGGUGGGGCGUGGGGAAGGCGGUGGCAGCCCUCCCGCCAGCCCUCCCGCUGCCGCCAUGAGGAGCGAGCCUCUGGCCUGGCCUCCGGUCUCGGCCCAGGCGGCCUCGCUGCUGGAGGAAGCGGCGGACCUGCUGGUGCUGCACCGGGACUUCGCUGCCGCCGUGGAGAGGUGCGAGGCGGGCUGCGACAGUCUGGGCACCGGCCCCGGGACCGGCCCCGAGAGUUCUGCAGAAGUGAAAUGCUCCCUCUGUGUUGUGGGGAUUCAGGCGCUGGCUGAGAUGAACCGGUGGAGAGAAGUUCUGUCUUGGGUUCUACAGUAUUACCAUGUCCCUGAACAUCUGCCUCCAAAAGUUCUGGAGCUGUGUAUCCUGUUAUACAGCAAAGUGAGAGAACCCCAGGUGAUGCUGGAGGUUGGCAGUAGCUGGCUGAGAGACCAAACCAAUAAGAGCCUCCCCGAGUACAGUUCAUUGCUGGAGCUCUAUCUGCUGCAUGUGUUGCUUCCACUUGGCCGGUUUGAGGGAGCAGAAGAGCUUGUACGUGGCUGUGAUGUUUUUGACAGCGAGCAGCAGCUAGCAUUUCUCGGGACCAUUUGUGAAAGCCGAUGUCAGUGGGCUCAACGGGAAGAGAUGCACUCAGCUGCUGAAGAGCAGCAAGACGCAGCAACAGAGACUGUUUUGGGUAAUCUGUCCCAAAAGCUCUUGACCAUGUUGACAUUGCUACGUAGAGCACUGAGGUCCAUGUCAAGCCACUUCUAUUUACUUCCUUACAAAAAGAUGCUCUUGGCUACUUUUCUGCUGUACCUGGUGGUGGUGAGAUUAGACCCAGCCUCUCCCACAUCACUGCCAUUCAUUUACAAACUGGUCCAGCUCUUCCGACAGGCUUGGGCAGCUGUAUUUUCUCCAAUCCAUAGGCCUCCAAUUCGAGACUAGGUGUCUUCCAUCAAGAGAAAGUGUUUUUCUCUGCUGCUGUAAAAGUGUCAGCUUGUCUUGAGGCUGUUAUCAGGCUCUUCAAGGACUGUGUCCUAAUUGAGAUGACCACCUGUGACCUCCUGUGUGGCGAUACAUUUGUUUCUUCAGACAGGGAAUGGUGGUGUAUGCAUUUUGAAACCACGCCAAGUAUUCCUGACAUUUUGCUUGGCUCUACAGCACCAUUCUGUCCAACUCCAGGGUAAAGCCACUCCUUCCGUAAUCCAGAACUGAAUAAGAAUCCUCCUUUUCAAACACCUUGCUUUGGAUGUAGCGCUUGAGUGAGGGUUGCGUAACCAGUUAUGCACUAUGGGAGAAGGUCUCAACCUUGCAAGUGCUGGCCAGUUCUCUGAACAAGUGCAAUAGCAUUCCUGGGAGCAUGACUGUAAAAGGCAACAGAGUACCAAUAAUCAGGGGAAUGUUCUGGUUUGCCUGAAGACAUCCUGCAGCAUGGGAUUUAGGACAAGCAUGUGGAAGAAAAACACUGGAGAAAAUGAAGCCUAUUGCAUUUUGAAGGUUGUGGUUUCUCUUGUGACUGAUGCCUCCUUAUAUGGAUGCUCUUGAUUUUAGUCUUAUUUAAGCCAGAAAGCCAAAAUGAGUGGGCCACACAGACUGUUGCGCUGCACCUGCUCUUCUUAAAUGCAAAUUACAGCACUUCGUGCUUGCCUGAUGCAUAGUAAUUCUUAGGAGCACGUGGUGGUGGUAAGGAAAUAGAUUUAUUUUUUUAAACUAUAUAUUAUUGUCUAGCUGAACAACUGAAGUUGCUUUGUUUUAGUCUUUCCCUACCUCUUGCUUUGUUUAUGUCGAUGUCAAAAAAUCUCCCUAUGUCUAGAAUUGCCCCCACCCCCAACAUCUAAAGUCCUGGGUUACACAGGAGCCAUUUAGCAAUGCUCUGUCAUUCAGAAAAAAAGUUCAUUAAUAGGUAGAAAGAUAUACUUCUCUGAGAUCCCAAAACCUUCCCCAGAUCUGUGGUAAGAAAAUUACUACCUUUGCAGAAGACCUGUCACCAGACUGACCCCAUUUCCAACCACUUGGGGCAGAAAUUGGAGGUUCGGAUUAAAACAUUAAUUUCUUCUCCGUCCAACUAUCAUCAACUGACAAAGGGUAAAUUGCAAAGGAGAGAUCACUGACCUACUCUAAAUAUUGCUGUCACUGGAGCAAACUGUUGUGUGUCGGAGAGGACAAGUUAAAGGCAAGGAGCCUUUGUGGCAAACAAAUAGCCCGCUAUCCCAGCAUCUGUGCCAAAAGGAUGCAGGCUGACUGAUGCCAGCCCAAACUACAAAAUGUUGCACAAAGCAGCCUUUUUGGGGGGCAAACCCUAUCCAACACACUAAACCUGUGAAAAGUAGCCAACAUAGGUCCCAGCGUGGUGGGACUACAACAGUAGUCCCCUUCAGGUUGUUCCUUUGACUCCAGCAGUAGCCGUACACUGAUGCGGUGGCUAUUUCUGUUUUCUUCACACAGACAGCAGCCUGUUGGUGCCUUCAAACUGUGUGUGAUCUGUUGUUUUGCUAUCUGCCGGGAUACUUUGAAAGCAGUCUGCAUCUUCACUGCUAAAAAUAGUUCUGUGUCUGUUUCUUCUUGAAUUAUCCCAAUAGGUAAAUAUUCCCAUAUUAGUGUCAGAUAAACCAGGGCAGUUCAUUCAUGAAUGCAGUAACCUUGCCUAGUUGUCUCAAAGGUAAAAACCAAAACAAUCCCAUAUCCCUCCCCAAAGUUUUUGUCUCUGCUAGGACUUUACACCAGGAGAAGUUGCACAUAAUGCUUCACCAUGUUAAAAAAGUUAUUUCUUAUAUACUCUGCGCACAUAGGGAAGAGCUGCUAGAUGGUUCUUGUAAUCCAACUAUUAAGUGUAGUUACAACUCUGCAACCAACGGUUGAUGGGAAACGAGGUAGAAUAAAACAUACAAGCUGGGUCUGGGGUUGAGCUCUUUCAAGAAAUGACUAGGUUGUGUCUACUGGCCCCCUACUUUACAAGGCCUCACUGUAAGUCCUGUGUAAGCCAGUUAAUGAAAUAGUAAACUUCACUCUGAAGUCAGGCCAAAUUCUCACCAAAUUGACUGUUUAGGUAACAAGCAUUUUUUUACUCUAGUUUUCUAUUAACAUUUUUAGUUAGAUGGCAGAGAUGCAAUUUUGGACAUUGGGACCAGUGGUCUAAGCAGGCCAUACACUACGUUUAGAAUGCCGUUAACCAUCAUAGCCAUUCAUUUACCAUGACUUUAACGUUCAACUUGAUUUUAAGCGUAGGUCAGUAACCUUCACUUUUUUAGAGUACUACUGAUUUUGCAUUUGUAUUGUAUUUAAUUCAUCAUGAGAGGGCAAGAAGGCAGAAAUGAGCUAUCAGAAUUUUUUUGCAACUAAUACUAAAACUGCAAUAUUUAAUUUUCACAAUAAAGUGACUACUGAUUUACCUCUU